CUUUCAAUAUCCCUGGAGUACUUCCCAGAAAAUCUUCAAGAAUCAAAUUUACUCUCUUAUCCUUAAAGGAUUCUGAGUCAUCUUCUUCGAUGUUAAGUCACAUUCUUGCUUUUCUUUUGAAGCCAAUACUUCUUCCCCUUUAUUUUUUACCUUCUUGGUUUUAAGGUUUUAGGCAAAUUGAGUGCUAUUACAAAUAAAACACUGAAUAUUACUUUUGUCUUUGGCUUUUCAUUUUUGAUGAAUUUUUUUCAUCUUUUAUCGAUGAAUUCCCUUUCUCAAUCUUGCUGCUCUCUGCAGCUUGGUGCACUAGGACUGCCCUUUUUCUUUUAUGAGAAAUACCGCCUCUCGCCACCGGUUGAAGGCAAGUGCCAGAAAAGUCACCGGUUAAAGGCAAGUGCAAGAAAAGUCAGCAAAAGCACCCUGCAAAUACCAAACCUUUCUUAAGAGUUCUUCCGCACGGAGCCGCUCUACCUUCCCGUCAGUCUCAUACCCGCCUCCCUGGUAUGAUCCAAUUAAUUAUUAUAUUCACGAAAAAAAUCCUGACCCUUCAUUAUUUUCCUAAUCCAACACCACCCACCAUUACAUUUUUUAAUUCUAGUUGUAAGAGCAGACUCGAAUCGACAAAUAUGGGGUUGCGUACCAAAAAUUUUUGAGAGAAGGAGAGGAAUUGCAAAUGGCCUCUGAUAUUAUACAGUUUUACAAGAACAAAUUUCUGUACGAAUUUCAAGACGCAGCGGAGGAAUGUGGGGAGUUUCCCUGGCGUUCGAGUUUUCAUGCAAUUGCAGAUAUCCUCCAAGAGACUAAGAUCGGUUCCUCCACGUCUCUUCAAGUGAGAGAUUGGAUCAUAGACCUCAGCUUCGCGUUGCAAGGUUGUCGGAAUGUUGCUGAGGAAGAAGAACGAAGAGCUCAGAGUAAGAAAAGUUCUUCUACUACUUCUUCCCACUGCCCACUUACAAGGGAGUUCUUCUUUCUCUGCAAAACCAAGAGGAAGCUGCGCCGAAUCAAAGAAAAAUUGCAGGGCGUACGUGACGUGGCUGCAGCUAGGGAAGCAGAGAGCUCGUCUUCUUCAGGCUCAAACCUUGUAAGAGUAUUAACAGAUUUCUCAAAUUUUGAACCUUCUAAGAUUCAUGGGUUUACCGACCAGAUUUGGAAAAUUGAAAAAUGGCUUCUUGAAACGAGUGAUGAAGAACAGGGUAUUAACGCGAUCGGGAUCGUUGGUAUGGGUGGCUCGGGAAAAUCCACCAUUGCCCAAAUGGUUUUUCAGAGUGAGGUAAUUCGGAAACGCUUCUCCCCGAUGAUUUGGGUUUGGCUAUCUGAAAGGCUGAAUCCAGAAAAUAUUGAUUCUAGGGUAACAAUCGUGAAGCAAAUUGUGGAAUACUUGACUCCUGAUGAUGAAAUCAUGCUAGAGAGUGACCUUGCCAAGUUGCUCCACAUUUUGUUUAAUCGUUUGUCCGACAAAAAAUAUUUGAUUGUGUUUGACAAUGUGUAUCAUUCAAGUGAUUGGUACUUCAACUUGGGAUGUGGGUCGCAGGUGGCCAGCACACACAGUCUCUCUUCUGGGUUGCCAAAGGGGGGCGGAGGUGCCAUUAUUGUUAACAGUAGACUUGAGGAAGUGGCGAGUGGUAUGGUGGGUGAGCAUAGGUUGCAUCAUGUCCAGCCCAUAUUGGAUGAAGAGAGUUGUUGGUCCAUAAUUAUGGACUCAAUUGAAAAGUUAGAUCUAAUAGGCUUGGAUGAUCCGGUGUUGUUAAAUAUGAAAGAUGAAAUCGUGGACAAGUGCAGUGGCCUUCCUUUAGCUGCAAAGAUACUAGGAAAGAUAAUUUCAGCUCGGAUUGAAAAAGAUUUGGCUCCGCAAGGAUCAACAGGAAUGAUGCAGGCUGUCUUCAGAGUGGCUUUUAGUGGUGACAAACAGAAGAAGAAGAAAGCCAUGAAGGAAGUUUCCUCUCUUGCAGGUGUCCUGAGUAUCUCUGCCGAUAUAAAGACAAACAAGUUAGUAGUAAUUGGUAGAUUCGACCCAGUGAUGGUAUUAGCCAGAGUGCGCAAAUAUUUUUUGAUAGAACUAAUCUAUGUGGGGCCGCCUGUAACAAUGUUUAAAAAGAAAAGAGAGACAGAGGAAAGAAGGGCCCAAGAAAGAGGACUCGAAUAAAGAGGAACGCAAGAUGGAAGAGAAACAGCUAGAUCCAAUUGGUAAGAGUAUGUUACCAUACAUCACUUUGCACCAAGCAUGACAGAAAAUCCAAAUGCUUUAAAGGAGAUGCAGUGGGAUAAAUCCUUGUCAGCAUGAUGGAGGACUGUUUUUCUGUAGGUUGUCGUGGAUGGUUUCAUUCAUGCCAAAGUUCAUGAUUGAAAACUGGGUUUCGUUGAUUGGUGAUGAUUUCAAAAUUAUGCAUUGUUUAAUAUUUAUAGGUGCCAUCAAUUUGAAAAAGUUUCAAAUAA